CCCAUAGGGAGCACUGGGCGCAUUAAGGUUGCCGGAAAUACGUACAGGUCCUAUACCAACGAAGAAGAAAAAGUAAAUUGCAACAUGGCGACUCCCAUGCAUAGAAUAAUAGCCAGGAGGCAAGCGGAGGCAAACAAACAACAUGUGCGUUGCCAAAAGUGUUUGGAGAUGGGACACUGGACCUACGAAUGCACGGGGAAGCGGAAAUAUGUACACAGGCCAUCAAGAACAGUGGAGUUGAAAAAGAAACUCAAGGAGAAUGAAAAUAAACCCCUCAGCAUCACUGGACCAGGAAGAGAAGGCUCCAGUGAGAAGAAAAUUAAAAAGAAAGCGAAAGACUCCAGCGACAGCAGCAGUGAUUCAGACGGCUCCUCAAGUGACUCAUCGUCGGACAGCAGCGACUCCUCCAGCUCCUCUUCAGAUGACAGCGACAGCAGCAGUGACAGUGACGAUGACAGCUCUUCCUCAUCUUCCACUUCCUCCUCCUCCUCUUCAUCCUCGGAAAGCUCAGACUCAGGAAGCAGCAGCGAUUCAGAUCAAGGACCUCCAAAGAAGAAGAAAAAGAAGAAAUAAAUAAAUAUGUUGGAAUAAGUGGGUUUUAUUGUUGUUUAUUUCUCUAUAGUACAUUUUAGCUAUCACAUCAUAGUUGGUUGGAUCUGAAUGGAUAGGACACCUUUAGGGAUGUAAAUCUUUCAGUUGCAUACUGCUCGUUCAUUAAAGAAAUGGAGAUUAGAAAGAAAAAAUUAUUUUGGGUCGGCCACAGUGUCAUGUUCUGUUUUCAAAACAUAUUUCCCGUGCUACUUCUGUUAGUUCUGUUUUCAAAACAUAUUUCCCGUGCUACUUCUGUUAAUGUGAUAUAAAGUUUGGAGGUCUACUGAGGAUACACAUUUUAAAUAUCUGAGGAAACUAAUGUGCUUAUUCAUGUUGAAUUUGUGAUUUUCUAAUAAAGUAUAUUUUUAGUCAAA